GGUAAGAUGCAUGGAAUCCUCAGAAUGUACUGGACCAAGAAAAUCCUGGAGUGGACCAGCAGUCCUUAGGAGCCUUUGAAAAUUAGUAUUCAUCUCAAUGGUAGGUAUGAGGUGGACGGAAGAGAUCCUAAUGGAUAUAUAGGUUGUAUGUGGAGCAUAUGUGGUAUUCAUGACCAGGGAUGGGGAGAGAGACCCGUGUUUGGAAAGAUACGCUUUAUGAAUCAUCAUGGAUGCAAAAGGAAAUUUGAUGUCCCAGCUUUUGUUAGAAAAUACGGAGGAAAGAAGCACUAA